AUUCGAUUUGCGUUUCGGACAUAAAUUUGUGAUCGCACAGGUGUGUGUGCAUUGAGAGUCGCAAGAUAUCGAGAUAAAUGACUUUCAACGAUUUUAUGGGAGUUAAUGUCUUUGACUGUGACCUGCUCCCCUAUCGAGCCACAAUGGACUGCGCUACACUGGCUGGUUCUGUGAGGAGAUCAAUAUAGUGGAGAGUGGAGACGGUGCUAAGAUGGAGAUCCAUUGCCAGGAUGCAUACACAAACAAGGACCAGGGUUCGUUGAAUCUGCUACAGCCGACCUGGUCCGCUGUGUCCAGCAUCUACCAAGAUGUCCUCAAGUUUGUCAACCAGUUCCCUUUCAAGAGGCGACUCAUUUUCUACUUUGUUUUCCGUGGGACCAGUGUGAAAGUAGAUCUGGGAGAUGUGAAGGCGGCGGGCGUGGUCUGUGUGCUGGGCAUUGGGUUUGGACUGGGUACUCUCCUCAUCUACAAGCUGUACUAUAAAUACAUCCAGCCAAUUCUCGACCGAAACAAGGACUCGGAAGAAUCCGAUCCAAAUUCCGAGGAUGACAAUUAUUGCUUCUAUGUGGACAACUCCGAUGCUGAAAGUAAUGAAAACAUGGGAAACACCAACAGUUAUUCUGUGGCGGAAGCUUUCUAUAAUCCAGAGUUCGGCGUUGCAUUUGGAACCAACCGUAACUACAAGAAAAAGAAACCAGCAUAUGGUCUCAACUUAAUUAACCAACAUGACGUCACAGAUCGCAAAAGACCAGAGGGUGUUAUAUUUAGAAACCGCAAGCCAAGACAGAAUUCCUCGGAGGAGCAUUCUGAUAGGGAUUCUGCAAUCGGUGGAGUUUCAGAUCUCGGCCAAUCGUUUUACAGCGAGUCUGGGAUCAACAGGGACUCUUUCUACUCCACAUGCACAGCAGAAAGUGGCUUCGAAAAUAUGCCGGAUUCCGGGGAAGAUGGCAGUAGUGUUAGCGGCAGGUAUCCGUUCAGAUACAGACACACGUCAAGCACGCAUUCGAUGAAUGUCAAUUUUAGUCCUAAAUCGCUGAAAGAGAAGCACAUGAGAUAUUUGAAUGGAAGUCCCCACGAGGGUUCCAGUGAGAGUUUGCAUAGCUUCGAAGCUUUGGAGAAGAGCAGCGUUCUCCUGACUCCUCCAUCUGAUGACGAAACGUCUCCAGCUCACGUUGGACAUAAAACUGGCAGCCAUGUUUGUGGAGAAAAACGAAACGGUCUAGCGGUCGAUGUCUCUGACAGGAGUCGGUCGCCGAAUGUUGAAUGUGAUCAGCUGCCUGAUGUGUCGGAAUCACUGAAAAGUUUUAGUGGUGGAACAAACAGUAUUGGUGACUGGAGUUGUGACGAGGAGGGUGAGGUGUUGUCUCCCUUGCGUCACAUACACACCUCACUUUCCGACUAUCAGUUCAAGCAGUCCGUGUUACAGAGACUCCACGAGUGGUCGAGCCUGUCUUCGGAAAUCUAUCUCUCACGCUCUCCAACCCCUGACCGGCCACACGGUUACACCAUGCGAAGAAGUCGGAGUUUAGACAGACGGAUGUCCGAUUCGUUCUCGAUGGACUGUGAAAUAUUCGAAAACGCUUCCAUUGACUUUGAGGAGAGCACAACCAAAAAUUUAGAAUUGAUAGAAGACGAACUGCAUGACAUUCAGGAUGAAUUCAGUGUCAUCACAUCGAAACUUGGUGAUCUAAUUCGACCAAGAAGUGUUUCGUUAGGAAAAUCGGACUCAGAGUCUCGGACUCUGACAGAUGACCAACCCAUGUCUCCGAUUACUGCCUCCAUUUUGCAUAAGACGUUGUCUCGGUGGGAACGAUCUCCCAGUAUUUCGUUGGACUCAAACCGGUGUUCUCGAGAGGGAAGCAUCGAUCUGGCCUGGGAUCUGUGUGAGCUGGCGGACAGCGAUAUGCCCUGUAGAUUACGAUCUGUUCGCACUCACACUCGGCUGUCUGUGUCGGGCCGAGCCAGCAGUAACAACAACAGUACUCCUGAUGAUACAGCAGCACUUGUGGAGGUGAAGGAUACACUGCCUACUGCUGAUAAUACUACUACUACUACUACAUGUGAUGUGGACACUGAUGAUACGUGUACCACUGUCUCUAGUCUUCCCAGUGCUGAUCUACAAGUAGAUUCUGAACCGGCAACAGAGGCCGUGCCACAUCGGAGUAUAGAACAACCAAAUGUAAGAUUGAAAAACAUCGGAGAAGUAUUAGAUAUUCAGACAUACGCUGCCAGUGAGUGGAAAGGAGAGACGGCGGUAGCUGAAAAAAUAAAACAGGGCUAUGCAGAAAUCUCCGACAUCUUCAAAUGUCCAUCUCUAAGACGGAUCAGGGGAGAUAAUUACUGUGCAAUCAGGAGUGUUCUCUACCAAGUUUUAGUGUCGGGAAUCAACGUAACCAGCAACUGGUCUGGUAUUGUUGACCUGGUGAACAAUCUAAACACUCUGUUCCACGACUCCGCCACAGGACUUGCCAAGUGGAACUUUGCUAACCGUCUUCCAUGCUCAAGUGACGAAGAAAGGCUCUCUGUUAUAUGCAAAUGUGUCGUUAAGCUGUACUCUACGUUUGAGGAUAUAUGCAAGCUUCCAUCCCGCGAGGAAAGAGAAGACCAAAUGGUUGGUCUUUUAAACUGGGAACCAACCACUGACCUUGAACUUGAGGAAGGAGUCAAGAUCAUGAUGCUGGUUGAUGCCGUGGAGUUAAACAAGGCCAACUUGGCGGGGCAGGACGUACCAAUCUUUGUGUGGCUCAUGUUUGCCCGGGACACGUCCGAAACAGUUGACAAGUUCGUAACUAACCAUCUGAACUGUGUGGGCGAUUCAGCAGGCCUGGAACAGGUUGAAAUGUGUCUCUUGGGUCACACACUCGGAGCUAGAAUACGAGUUGCCCGGUUACAGAAUCAUGGUCAGGAAGACUUUAUCUGCCAGUUCCCGGACGAUGCAGAUCCAUUGUGGCCACAGGUCGACCUUUUGGCAGAGGAUGAUCGCCACUAUAAUAUACCCGUCCCUUAAUCUCUCUCUCGGUUCUGUUUGUUAGGAGUGCCAAGAUUAUUAAAGAGGCAGAACACACAAGAAAUCCAAAAUGGUGUGAUUUCUGGUAGCUAGAUGGUGAUACGCGGUUCACCCAUUCCACCAUCCAAUUUGGGGACCAUUACGGCAUUAGCACUACUUCAGUUUCUAGACCAAGUGCUCUUUUGUAAUGGUGUCUAACAUUUGUGAUAGAUGAUAUUUAUACAACCAUUUCCUGUGCUUAUAAAACUUCUGAAAUUUGGCCUUAAAAUUGGUUUUGGAAUUUAAUAUAAUUCAUCUUAGAACCAGUGUCAAAAAACAUUUUAGAGUUUAGACUCAAUCUCUAAUGACAUUGAAGCUCUGACUCUAUUAGUCUUUGAGUCUAUACACUGUAAAACGUUUAUAAGUACGGGGCCUGGACACUAAAAUAUAACUCCAAGGCCAGUGCAGAUACAGAAUGUAUUUAACUAAUAGUCAUUUAUGUAGUGCCAGAGUCAGACUGAAAAUUUUGAUACAGUCCAAACUACAAUAGUUUUAUAAGCACAGAUCCCUUAGCUGGUGAAUCUGCUGUGAAGAAUGGUUUCAGAGUAGUCGAGACUAAUGGUUCCUGGUUCUGUUAUCACCGGUAUGAGUAUUUGUGUUCACUAGAUGCAGACGGUGCAGGGAGGCUACACUUGUGAUAAAUGUUCCUGUGCCUGAUCACAAUGCUGUGUAUUUGUUAUUUAGAUGACCGUGCCUACCCGAGACCGUCGGUUGUCAGUUGUUCUCGUAAUGCAGUACGCGUGCAGUAGGAUCGUGAUUGCCUAGAGUUGUUGAUCUUUUUACCAGUGUCUUUAUUGUUUCUCAGGAAUUAUGUAUGCCACUCUUGUGAACACAGCUAACAUGUUCCAUGAUUUUAAUAAUCACGAGAUUAGUUGAGCUUAGUUAUGAACAUUUGUAUGAGAGUACAAACAUGGGAUUAAGGUAGCGUAUGAUUGUAAAACGGAGUAAAAUGCAGAUAAAAAUAGCAGUGACAAAAUUAAUAUCUUUGGCCAGCAAGAAAAAAGUACUGUACUCUCUGUAUACUUGGGGAAAAUAUUGAGCUUUCCAGACGGUUCGUCCACUGGACAAUUCGUCCACCGGACGAUUCGUCCACUCACCUUGGACAAUUCGUCCACUCGAUGACUGCAUUUUUUUCAAACAUAUUAAUAGUUAUUUCUUUGACAUUG